GUUCCAACAAACUAUGGCUUACGUCGAGAGAGGUUUGGUAAAAUCCAAGCGUUCUAUAUGGCGAUUGAAGACUAUCACUGAUUUCUUUUGGUCCAUCAUCAACUUCAUUAGCGUGUUUUUUGCAACUAUGUUUUCGAUGGAAAAAACAGAUGUCUAUAGAAAAGGUUCAAGAUCCAGCAAGAAGUAG